AUGGCCUCUAUACGAGACGUUGAUAUUACCACAUAUGAUGACUUGAAUUUGAGAGGAACCUUUUACAGCGUUGGGUCCAAGAAGCCUUGCAUUAUCAUGACCCAUGGAUUCUCUGGUCACCGUGAUCAUUUCCUGCCCGAACUCGCUGCCAAGUUCAACGACGCUGGCUAUGGAGCAUUGGUUUACGACAACCGCUGCUGGGGCGAUAGUGAGGGCCUUCCUCGCGCUGAAGCCGAUCCCGUGAAGCAGUCACGAGACUAUCUCGACGCUUUCAAUUUCGCUGCAGCCCUUCCCGAUGUUGAUCCCACCAAGAUCGUGUACUGGGGAUCCAGCUUAUCCGGAGGCAACGCUAUUGUCGCCGCUUCCAUGAACAAGAGCCUGGCAGGCAUUAUUUCACAAGUCCCCUUUGUAUCGGGCGGUUCCAUGGCUCGCCUCACCGCAGCUCCGAAACCCAUUCUAGUCGCUCAACGGACCUCGAAUUCAGAGAUCCACAUCCCGAUCUAUCCCAGCUCUGUCGAGGAGGUCCGAGAUGGGACCACCAAGGCCAUUUUGAAGGAUGAGGGGGCCGUGGAGUUUGCAGCGGAAAUGGCCCGACGAGGCUACAGCUACGACAAGACGGCUACUCUCCAGAGUUUGACCAACACGAUCAUGCACGAGCCGACGGGGGUUAUUCAUCAUAUCUCGCCUACGCCACUGCUCAUGGUUCUGGCGGAUGACGAUGUGUGCACCUAUACUCACCUGCAGCUCGAGGCCUUUGAGAAGGCAUUGCAUCCAAAGACGCUCAGAAUCGUAAAGGGGAGUGGCCAUUUUGAUCUGUACUACGGCAAGAGGUUCCAGGAAGUGGUUGACAUGCAACUUGAGUUUCUCAAGAGCAUCCUUUAG